AUGACUACUACAGACAGAGCAAAAAGAGAUUUAGACGACUUUCUUAGAACUAACGAAGGACAAGAAGUGAGUAACACUGGUUUCGCCAUAAACGAGAGCAAUAUCAUCAAUGUUCUCGUUGUUGGGCGAUCACAAACAGGAAAAACAACGUUGAUAAAAUCAUUGAUAAAUACUAUCCAUGCUUCUUAUGUCACUGGUUUUUCCGAUACACGCAACGUUACGCAUCAUCCGAUAAUUGUCCGAGAUAAAAUAACCGAUCGAUACUAUCAAAUCAAUAUGAUUGAUACGAUUGGACUUGAUGAACGUUCGCAAGAUCCAAACAAUAAUCGUUCAAAUGAAGAAAUAUUGACAUUAGCAGCUAAAUUUAUUGCAAAAGAAAUAACUACAUUGAAUGCAGUCAUUUUUGUUUCUAAAGUGGGUGAAUUACACCAACAUGAUAUCUCAACAUUUAAAUUAUUGAUCAACUUCCUUGGUCCAUCGUUCGAAGCAAAUGCAAUGAUGGUAGUAACUCACUGUGAUGGUUUAACAAAAGAACGAUUCAAUGUCUUAGCUGAUGGAAUUCGAACGCAUUCGCUGAGCAAAGAAAUCAGUGAUUACUGUACGUUGGGUAUUCUUCCGCAUGGUACGCUAAAUUUCGAUCAAUUAGAAACAUUUACGGGCGAAGAGGAAAUGGAGAUGAGAAAAUAUAUCAUAAAGAAGAAAUUACAGAUGAUUACGCCAAUGCGAAAGGAUAUCCUUCAGUUAUUGAUUGCACAACAUGGAAAGCAACAGCCUGUCCAGCAGUUACAGGAGAUAGUAGAAAUGGCCAAUAAGGAACGAAUGCGAUUUCUUGAAGACGAAAUUAAGAAACGGAACCAAGGCAAAUGUAUCAUUUCAUAA